GGAGCAUCGAAUAUUUCCCUCAGCCCACGCCCGUCUCUGCAACGCCCACAUCCACUAUGAACGACCGUCCGCGUACCUCCUCCUCCUCGGUCGACCGCGACAGCGCGGCUCCGAGGCCAAAAUCUUCCACUCUGAGCCGGCCAAAAGCUCAGCUUGCAUGCGACCCGUGUCGGCGGAAAAAAAUCCGAUGCGACCGUCAACGGCCUUGCAGCAAGUGUGCGGCGAUGUGCCCGGAGGAUUGCACGUAUCCGCUGGUGCCCAGUAAUCUGCUGCCCACACGCCCCAAGAAGGACGGGGUGAGGCUCAACGCGCGCAUCGAUCGCCUGGAGCGACUGAUGACCAGCAUCUCAACGGCCGGCGGAUCCAAAAGCCUGGUCGUAUCCCCGGAUGACGCUCGUGGCGCAUCGGCAUCCGCAAGUGAUGCGUCUGACACGCACGCGCGAAUGCGAGACGAUGAAGACGGCGUACGUUUUCUGAAAGCGUCGCACUGGGAGACGGUGCUUGAUGAGAUUUCCGACCUGAAGAGCGACCUCGCGGGGAUUGCCCACUCUCCCGAGAAAACGCAGGCUCACGGCUGCUCUCUCCUACUGCUCGGCCCCUGCAGCGACGUUUCCAUGCCCGAGCUCAUCUGUUCCUUGCCAUCUCGACAAGUCGUAGAUGCAUUGAUUGAAAUCCUCGCAGAUGAUGACAUUCCGUCGCUCUUGACCACAAUUCAUAUUCCGACUUUCAAGCGCGAAUGUGAAACGUUCUGGCACGAUCCCAAUGGAGUCUCUUUGCCAUGGCUCGCAUUGCUGUACGCCGUCAUGUGUUUGGGGCUCAUGGGUGCGAUACGUUUGGGCGUGCAGGUGCCAGGGAUUCUCCUGCCAGACGCGUCCGUACGCACGUACACGACCAGAGUUGCACAGUGUCUGAUCAAGUCUGAUUCCUCAAAGCCAAACACUCACACCAUCCAAGCAAUGAUCCUGUAUCUUGCAUGCGAACACUCCAAAAACGUCGAAAACUCCUUCGGUGCGAGGCUGGUAUUCACCACAAUCAUCCAGCACGCCUUCCGCCUUGGCUUCCACCGCGAGCCGCGACAGUUCAAAGACAUGGACUUUCUCGAAAGAGAGAUGCGUCGCAGAAUCUGGGCUUUCAUUGUUCAAAUGGAUCUUCUCCUCUCCGAGAAAUGCGGCCUACCGCGGGUCAUCGACGCACGGCAGACGGACACGGCGGAUCCGAUGAACUUGCAUGACGAGGACCUGGAAGCGGGCGCAUUCCCACCGCCGUCUUCGAGGCCAAACACGGAGCCGACGAGAGUUUCGUACAUGAAGUACAAGGUGAAGAUUCUCAAGAUGCAAGGAUCCUGCCUGGACAGAAUCAACAGCCCCCAAGGGCUCUCCUACCAAGAUAUCCUGGAAACAGAUCGCAGCCUUUCAGAGAUUGCCGACGCCAGGCCAAUGUGGCUCACCACGUUUGACAGCCUCGAUGGCAGUAUAGCUGCGCACUCUUGGGUGUAUCAGGCCAUCGAGAUUGAUCUCAUCAUCAAUCGUGCCCGAAUGGUGCUCCACAGAAGUUACCUCGUCCCAGCGCGCUCGCAGCCGAGCUAUGCCUACUCCCGUAGCGCAUGUCUCGAAGCCGCAGAAAAGAUCCUGCGCCACCAGACUACGCUGUGCAGACAUGGAUCCAGCACCUGGCGCUUCGUCUCGCUGGUGAGCCAUGAAUUUCUGCUGGCAGCGGUGAUCAUCUGUCUUGAUCUCGAUCAGGACCUGAAAUUGAAUACACCCACGGCUCGAAGCUCACAAAUGUCCCAACACAUCGAUCUACUUCACCAAUCAUAUCGGGCCUGGACUGGAGUGCAAAGCUGGGGCGAUGCUGCUGACAAGGGAGCGUCAAUCGUAGGCGCCAUGCUGGAGAGAGUGCGACAAUGUCAAGACGCCAACAUCUCCAACCCGCCGGUAUCCAACAAUGCCGAUGCAAUCAUACCCCAAAACGGGAGUCACGACUACGCUUCGAGUUUCGACGUUAUGAAUCCUGCCGAAUUCUCGUCGGUGCAGGCCGGCAAUGGACUGACCUACACAUCUGCCAGCAUUCCAGAUCCCGUUCAGUUUGAUGUCAACAUGUUCAACACCGCACUGUAUGAUGCUCCAACCGAUUUCGAUUGGAUGGCGUGGGAUGCGCAAUACCCCGGGACGGUGUUUGAUUUAUAGUGAUUAGAACCCUGUAUACAUUAGUCUACUG